AUGGCUACCCACUGUCCAUGGAGAAUCCCAUGGACAGAGGAGCCUGGCAGGCUCCACAGGGUCCAUAGGGUCAGUCCAUAGGGUCACAAAGAGGCAGACACGACUGAGUGACUAACACACACUACGCGAUCAUCAGAGAAACUAACAAAGAAGCACCAAAAAUACCUGGUAUGACUUAGCUACACAGAGGAAGAGAAAUCUGCUCUGGGGAAAUUAGUGCUCCUAAAGAGGUUUCUGCCCAGCCUUGAAGGACAUGUAGCAGCUUCUCAAAUCUGGGUGAAUCUGAGAAGGGAGUUCAGGACAGAGGGCACGGCGGAGCAAAGACCUGGCAAUGGAGAGGAGACAGGUCUGUCUGGGGCUGGUGUCUCAGGUGCCAGGAAUGGGGCGGAAGGUGAGCGAGUCUGUUGUUAGAUGAGGCCUUUCUAAAGUGGAGGCACAGGUGAGUGGGUGCCAGGGCCCGCUGCGUAGAUGGGGAAACAGGCUUGGAGCAUGUCAAGCACUGACUGUGCAGUGGAGCCUGGGUAGGAACCCUGGUCUGGCCAAGCCCCCAGCCACAGCCAGGCCCGCAGACCCCUCAGCACACAGCCUCGCUGGGCCCUCCCGUAAGCAGGCCUGCAGAGGGGUCUGUGAAGGGGGGUUUGAGGGUUCCCACCUGGGCCUCAGUUUCCCCAUGAUUGUCAGAGGGACUGAUAGACAAAGGGACCUCCCCCCACAAAGGGCCUUCUCCACCUGGAACCUUCUGGGUUUCUGGGAUUCAGAGCUAGCACGUGGGUAACGCAUCCCACCCUCACGCCCUCCCGCCCCCAGUCCCCAGAACUACCCGAAGACGCCCACAGCCCCCUGCCACCUGCACCGAUGUAGCCUGUGGUCCCCACGCGGUGUCCAUUCAUAUGAUCCCUGAGGCCCUCCUGCCCCCUCGCCCCACCCGCAGAACCCCCACCCCCUAACCUGCAUCUCUCCCCUGGGGAGUGCUCCCACCCUGCCUCAGGAAGCCAGAGGGUGGGCGAUACCCCUGCAGAGACAGAGGCCCGAUCUGUGUCCAGGUGCCGGCAUGGAUCUGGGGAGUCUCCCUGUGUUUGGAAAGGUUACAUCUUGGGGUCACGGUGUGUUUGGGGCUGUCUGCACAUGAUGAGGCUUUGUGUGCAUUUGGGGGAUCGGCAUGUGAUGGGGACUCCGUGUGCGUGUGAGAGGUCUCUGUGUACCUGGGCAUCUGUGUGUGGUCUGCGGGAUACGUGUGCCAUGUGGGUUUGGGAGGGGUCUGAAAGAACUGUGAACUGCACGUGUUUCAGGGGAGGCUCCCCACAAGGGGCGUCUCCCAAAGCCGCGUCUGUAGGUGUGAGGAAGGGCUGUCUGCCUGAGCCGCCUGCCCCCAGCACCCUUCCUGGGCUUGCCUGGUACCCUCAGUCCGCCCUGGGCACCCCCGGGCUGAGCGGAGAAGCCCCUGAGGAGUUCUGCUCCAGCAUCUCAACCACACCUAUGCAGAGAGCCCCCCAACUCAGGGAGGUGUCCCCGGCUCUCCCCAUCUUCUGGGGUAGGAAGCUGAGGCCCCGAGAGGCUUGGCCACACAGGACUCACUGCCAGAGCCCGCCUUCUCCCGAGGGCAGGAGAGGGGCCGCUGUGGGCUAGCCAGCCCCUAGGUCACCCACAGUGCCCCCCCCACCUGGGCCUCCAUCUCCCCAGGCUCCCCGGGGAGGAGACGGCCCAGGGCCCCGGCUGGGGUGGGGGAGGGUCUCCAGCAGCUGGGGUCAGAGCCGCCGGAGCCCUCAAGAGAGGGGAGGGGGGGUCCCGACUUUCCAAGGGGCUCUUCCUGUCGCCCGUAACGAGGUGCUUGGGGAACAGGUGAUGAAACCACCGCCCGGGUUGCGUGAGGCCGGGCUGCUGGGCUGAUUUGCUGCAGGGCCCAGGCACAGCGACCCCUCCCCGCUUCGCCGCGUCCCCUGAGCCCUCACCUCCCCCCGCCACCCACCUGCCUCUCACUUCUCCUUUCCUCCCCUCCUUCCCGGCCUGGGUACCCCGCCACACUGUGGCCUCUGGGCUCGAGGGUUGGGCAGCCUAACUCUGCUGCUGGCCCCUCCAUUAGAGCCCGCUGAGAGCCAAGAAGGGGAACACGACGGCUCCUGGUCUUUUAUCUCAGACCCUCGCUGCAGAGUCUUUGAGAUCAGGAUGCCAUGACCCGCUUUAUGGAGAGGGGGCAGGUAGGGGCCUGAUGUCGCCCAGCCUGCCGCAGGAAGGGUCCCCGUGGCCUCACAAGAUGGCAUGCUGACUCAGCACCCCAGCUCCAAAGCCCCUCUGCCUUCUGGCUUCUUGGAGUGCAGAGACAAGGUCGAAAGACCCCUCCACUGCCCCCUCCUCCUCAGCUGGUGGCAGGUGGAUUCUCACUCCCAUUUAUAGAUGAGAAAACUGAGUCCUUCCACAGGAAGAGGCCCACAGUGAAGGGGGAGGGGGAGGGUGGGAUUCCCUCCAGACCUCCAUCACCAUCACCAGGGUGCUGAGAGGCCUCUUAGAGGGAGGUGACAGUCACGGCCUGGAGGACUUCGGGGGUGCUUGUUGAUGGACUUAUGGACCACAGGUGUCACAGUAGAGACUUAGUCAUGCUCCAGGUGCUUAUGAAAUCUUCCUGUGUACCCCCAGUUUGGGGCUUCCCCGGUGGCUCAGUGGUAAAGAACCCGCCAGCAAUUCAGGAGAGUUGGUUUUGAUCCCUGGGUUGGGAAGAUCCCCUGGAGAAGGGAAUGGCAACCCACUCCAGUAUUCUUGCCUGGUGAAUUCCAUGGACAGAGGAGCCUGGCGGGGUAUAUAGUCCAUGGGGUCGCAAAGAGUUGAACAUGACUUAGCAUGCAUGUAUGCACCACACGCACCCUCAGUUUCCCCCACAAAUAACGCUCAGGCCUGAGGCCUCAGGCUCCCUCCAACCCCAGGCUCAUGCCACCAGCAUAUCCUCUCCCCUCGGUUGCCAAACAGCCCAUCCUCUCUGCCUUCCUGCAGCCCCGGCCUCAGUUCAGGCCCCACAUCUCCUGCCUGGACGUCUGCCCCAGCUUCUCCCUGUCAUCUCACUCCUACCCAGACAGAUGCUGUCCUCACAGCAACCUGAGUGGGGGCGGGGGGGGUACUUUUAAAAAAAUCCUUUUGGUUAAGUCACAUAGAGGGAAAUGCAGAAAUCAUUGGAGUAGGGCUGAAAAACUUACACCAACUGAAUACAGCUGGUCCAGGGAACAGAACACUCCAGCCCCCUGACUUGCACUGUCCUGUCACAGCACCUGCUUAGCGUGGCCACUGUGCUCAUAUCCAUCACUGGAGGUGAGUUUUGCCUGUUCUGGAACUUGGUAUCAAUGGAAUCACAUGGCUUAUCCCCUCUGCAGAACCCAAUAUUGUUGAAUCAGCCCAUGAUCUGGGAGGUUCACCUGUGCGAUUGUGUGGAGCUGAGACACAUCCUUUUUCUGUGUUGUAUAGUAGCCCACCGUAGAAUUUAGCAGAAAGUAGUUGUCAGUUCUCCCAUUGAGGGCAUUUGAAUCAUUUCCAGUUUGGGACUAUGAUGAAUGAAGUUGCUGAGAAUGUUCUUGUUUGUGUGAUUUCUUACAUGGGCCCAUUUGUCUUCAGUAAAUACAAGGGGAUCACUGGGUUGGAGGGUAGCUGCUUGUUCAGCUUUAGUAGAUGCCAGACAGUUUUUCAGAGUGGCUCUUCUUUUCCCUCCCACCAGCAAUGCAUGAAAAUAUGGGGGGAUUUUAAAUUGUCAAAAUCAUAUCUAGGUACUCCUUUGCUCCGCAAUUCUCUAUAGCUCCCUAAUGCCCUCAGAGUAAAACCCACACUCUUCACUGUGGCCCACAAGGACCUACGUGAUCCAAACCCCACUCCCACCACCACCAUCCCCCUCCCCUCUCUCCCUUGUUCACAUUGUCCAGCCAUUCAGACUUCUUUGCUGUUUUCAAAAUGUCAAACUCAUGAGCACUCUGAGCUUUUGUCCUUGCAGUUCCCCCUGCCAGGAACACCCUUCCACCAGAUCUUCUCAUUGACUCUUCCCUUUGUUGCCUGUGUCUUUUUUGUGCCUCUGGUCUCAGAUCAAACGUCACCUCUUCAGAGAGGUCUUCCUUGAACCCCUGGCUACUAACAUUGCCCCUUUUGUGGUCAAUACGUCUCUCUUUUUAGACUUAGGUUCUGACCUAUAAGAGUUGCAUUAAAAUGACUUGGAGUGCCCCUGUUUUUAAAUGUCUGAGUUAGUUUAAAUUUCACUUUCCUGUCCUCUAAGGUUUGAUAAAACAGCUAUAAAACCGUAGGGGCCUGUUAUCCUUUUAAUGGUAGGUCUCGAGACACUUUUUUAAUCUUCCAUGAUCAUUGGUCUACUUGAGCUUUCUACUUCUUUUGAGGUCAGUUUAUUGCAAUGGUUGGCACAUAGUUGGCACUUGAUAAGUGGGGUACAAAGUUAGGGGUAGGGAGGUACUGGACUCUUGACUUCAAAUGCCCACUCCCCUGCCCAUGUGCUCAGGCCCCCAUCCAGCCCUCCCACUGGGGCCCAGCUGCAUGCUUCCUCCGUUGAAGUGCCCUCUUGGAUUUCUCCUGGCUCUUCUUCCCUUUCCUGGGUCGAUGGGUUCACCUCUGCCACUCUGCUGGGCAGAUGCAACAACCUCUAGGCUUUCUAGCUGGACCUUGGUGUGGGGGGUGGGGGGCUUGUGCCCAGAAGAGGCCUUCCCCAACCUCAGCCUCUCCCAACCUCAGCCUCCCGCCUCGUGCCCUGCACAUUCAGCACACACCACCACCUCCCCCCAGCAGUUCCGAUCACCAUCACGCCAACAUCUGGAGAACUGGCUGCCAGAAAAAGGACACUCCACCCAGCCUGGGACAUGGGGAGGAAAAAAAUUCAGAUUUCACGCAUUCUGGACCAAAGGAAUCGGCAGUCCAGGUAACAUUUACCAAGCGGAAGUUCGGGCUGAUGAAGAAGGCCUAUGAGCUGAGCGUGCUCUGCGACUGUGAGAUCGCCCUCAUCAUCUUCAACAGCUCCAAUCGCCUCUUCCAGUAUGCCAGCACGGACAUGGACCGGGUGCUUCUGAAGUACACGGAGUACAGCGAGCCGCACGAGAGCCGCACCAACACCGACAUCCUCGAGACACUGAAGCGGAGGGGUGUGGGCCUUGACGGACCCGAGCUGGAGCCAGACGAGGGGCUUGAGGGGCCAGGAGAGAAGCUGCGGAGGCUGGCAGGUGACGGUGGUGACCCAGCCCUGCCCCGGCCCCGGCUCUAUCCCGCAGCCCCCACUAUGCCCAGCCCGGAUAUAGUAUAUGGGGCACUGCCCCCACCGGCCUGUGAACCCACUGGACUUGGGGAGGCCCUGCCUGCCCAGAGCCGCCCAUCCCCUUUCCGGCCAGCAGCCCCCAAAGCUGGGCCCCCAGGCCUGGCGCACCCUCUCUUCUCGCCGAGCCAUCUCGCCAGCAAGACACCACCCCCCCUGUACCUGGCAGCAGACGGGAGGAGGCCAGACCUGCCUGGUGGCCUGGCCGGGACCCGAGGGGGACUGAGCAGCUCGAGAGGCCUCUAUGGUGGCCUGCAGAGUCCCUGCUCCACCGCCGCCCCCGGAACCCCGCUCGGGAGCUUCCCCUUCCUCCCUGCAGGCCCCCCAGAAUAUGGCCUGGGGGAUCCGCCUCCACCCCCAGGCUUGCUGCAGCCCCCCACCCUGGCCCCCUGGCAGCCCUCCAGGGCUGAUGGGCCCCCGGCAACCCCCACGCAGCCUAGUGGGGGCCGCAGCUUGGGCGAAGAUGGCCCCCCGGCCCGCGGCGCCUCCUCCCCAACCCCUCCGGUCAGCAUCAAAUCCGAGCGCCUCUCCCCGGCCCCCGGAGGCCCCGGCGACUUUCCAAAGACCUUCCCCUACCCUUUGCUCCUGGCCCGGCCCCUGGCAGAGCCCCUACGACCUGGACCCCCUCUGCGCCGGCUGCCCACUGCCGACGGCUGGCCCCGGUAGUAGGCCCGGGAAUGGCACCGGUUCUGACCCUCACGUCAGGCCAGGCGAGGGCACGUGGGGUCCCAACCUCCCUCCCUGCGUCCUUGGAGAAGACAUAUCAGUUACCACUGUCUCUGCGAUGGGGGCGUGGAGUGGGGAGGACGGGUUCGGAUCCACGGUUGGGGGUUCUUUCCCCUUUCCUGUGUGUGUGUGUCCAUCAAUAAAACACACGUGGUAUCCGUGG